AUGGCCCGCCCGGCUUGUGAGCAAAUGUUCGACGCGGAAGUGAUCUCGGAACUGCGGAAGCAGUUCGACGCUGCGGACAAGGAUGGAUCUGGCGAAGUUGAUGCGGAGGAGGCCUGCAGACUCUUCGCCAGAAGCUGUGACGAAGCAGCAACGGAUGAAGAGAUACACAAGACAGCCGACGCGCUGCGCCGACAGUUGGACACAGAUCGUUCAGGCACGAUCUCCUUUGACGAGUAUUGCUUCCGCUUCGGCCGUCGAUACCAGAUGGAGCUGAAUCGUCGGAAACGCACGGGCGGCGUGUCCGACUCCAAUGGUGUGCCGAAGCAGGACACAGCCACAUCCAAACUGGACGAGGAAAGAGAAAAGCUGGAAAAGGAGCGUGAAGCCAUCAGGCAGGAGCGCGAGCGACUGCAACUGGAGAAGGAACGUGAAGCCUUGAGGAAGGAGCGCGAAGCAUUAGAGCGAGAACGUCAGGCAUCCUCCGGCAACUCCAGCUCUGCUCAGGUGCUGGCACCCGGCAUGCGCGUGCGAAUCCAGGGUCUUCGUGGAGCUCCGGAACUGAACGGCCUGGAGGCAACCAGGAAGGCCGGAUGCUAUGCUGGGACCAAGCUAGGCAUGGCUCCACUUUGCGCGUCCCUGUCAGCGAUACGAGCCCAUGCCAUGGUCCCCUGCUCUCGCGCUCGCUGUCGCCAUUGCGGCAUGAACGUCGGAAUAUUUGGGUUGAAGGGCUUCGGUUGGAGCCUCCGACAACACGAAGCCAGCUGUGCUGCAAUUUCAGCCCCAACCACGGUCGAGGCAACCACGACGGAGCCCAUGCUUGCAGCUGGGCUCGUGAAGGCAGCAGCGACUUGGGCAUCGCGUGUGGAAGUUGCAGUCGACGUCACAGUUCUUCCCGAAAAAGACUUAGUCAGACGUUUGCACGUCAGGAAGGAUGAGCUGAAGCAGUUGCGGGAAGCCGAUGUCCAGAUGGCCAGUGAGGUCAUGCUCCUCGGCCUCUUCACAUGGAGGCCGGGGUCGAGUGACGCGGGCCCGCUAUGUUCAGCGCUGGGGAUGGGUCCCGGCGAUGAUGGUGAAAUAUUGGUCAAAGCACGGCCGGGCAGGCUGCCACGACGGGCGCCCUGUCAGGAAUCAACACUGAAUUUGGAAGUCGUUUCCAACGAGCUACCACCAGAAGAGCACAUGGAUACAAAUUCCAUGGUCGAUUUCAACGAGGAUUUCCGCGACAUUGCGCUUCGGCGAUGCACGAAGCUACAGCAGCUACGCAAGGCGACUGUUGUUCGAUUCGAUGAGGCCGCUGGACGGUAUGUCGUCGAUAUCGCCGAGGGCCGUGGGCAGAAGAGCCUGAAGGAAUCGAAUUUGGUUCGGCUCGGAGCAGAGCAAGCGGGGCCUGGGCCAGGGCUGGGCCAAAAGGUGACCAACCUGGCAAACAGUGCCUUCCGUGGCCUACAACGUGGCUGUGCCCAUGUGCAAGUGUGGCUCGCAAAUUCUGGAUACACUUGGUGGCAAGUCCUACUGGGUGUGGCCGUAGUUGUGCUGGUCGUCAGCGCGGUGAUGCAAGCCGGCUCCAGGCACAGUGGAAGGAGGACGCCAUCUUCCUUUCAAAGCCGACCCGAUCGCGCAGAUUUCUCUGAAGACAGGACAUACAGGAACGAACUCCGUGAAGAGCCCGCCCACCACCGCAGAACAGCCAGAUACGAAGAAGAUGAUCUCGGCUACUCCGACUACGAUGACUCCUGGAGCAGUGGGAUAGGUUUCGGAGGGAUGCAGAAGUACCUCGUAAUCGGUGGUUUGGCCAUCUUAUGCUGGAAGGGCAUCAUCCCCGUGCAACGCAUGGAUUGGUUCCAGCUUUACAUGCUUUGGAACUUCCUGCAGUCCACAGGCAUACUAGGUGGGCACGGGGGUCACUAUGGCGGAGGGUUUGGACGUCGGCGGCGGUCCUUCUUCUGA